CAGCGGCGGCUGGAGCCUCUGAUUGGGUUUCGGGGUCCGGUACUGGAGCCAAUCAGCGCGGGCAGCGAACCGGCGGAGCGAGGCACGGAGUGCAUCCUGAAGUCUUCUAGGAUCUCCAGAGUGAAAAUCACUGUGGUCAAGACUCUAACUUGGAGGGACCAUGGAACAGUAUACAGCAAACAGCAAUAGUUCAACAGAGCAGAUUGUUGUACAGGCUGGACAGAUUGAGCAGCAGGUCCAGGGGCAGCCAUUAAUGGUACAAGUCAGUGGAGGCCAGUUAAUCACAUCAACUGGCCAACCCAUCAUGGUCCAGGCUGUUCCUGGUGGACAAGGUCAAACCAUCAUGCAGGUACCUGUAUCUGGGACACAGGGUUUGCAGCAGAUACAGUUGGUCCCACCUGGACAGAUCCAGAUCCAGGGUGGGCAGGCUGUGCAGGUACAGGGCCAGCAGGGCCAGACCCAGCAGAUCAUCAUCCAGCAGCCCCAGACAGCCGUCACCGCUGGCCAGACGCAGACGCAACAGCAGAUUGCUGUCCAGGGGCAGCAAGUGGCACAGAUUGCCGAGGGGCAGACCAUCGUCUAUCAGCCAGUUAACGCAGAUGGCACCAUUCUCCAGCAAGGCAUGAUCACCAUCCCUGCAGCCAGUUUGGCAGGAGCACAGAUUGUUCAGACCGGAGCCAAUACCAACACAACCAGCAGUGGGCAAGGGACUGUCACUGUGACACUACCAGUGGCAGGCAAUGUGGUCAACUCAGGAGGGAUGGUCAUGAUGGUACCUGGUGCUGGCUCUGUGCCUGCUAUCCAGAGAAUCCCUCUCCCUGGGGCAGAGAUGCUUGAAGAAGAGCCUCUCUAUGUGAAUGCCAAACAGUACCACCGUAUACUUAAGAGGAGGCAAGCCCGGGCUAAAUUAGAGGCAGAAGGGAAAAUUCCAAAGGAAAGAAGGAAAUACCUGCAUGAGUCUCGGCACCGUCAUGCCAUGGCACGGAAGCGUGGUGAAGGUGGACGAUUUUUCUCUCCAAAGGAAAAAGAUAGUCCCCAUAUGCAGGAUACAAAUCAAGCAGAUGAAGAGGCUAUGACACAGAUCAUCCGAGUGUCCUAACCCCAGGCCAUGUGAUGGAACUGAUCAAGGUCAUGUUCCUCGCACUGUUUCCCACUGUUCCAAGGAAACUGAUGACCUCUUCCAAUGGGACACUGACGAUUACAUUCUGCCCUUUUCUACAGGACAGAAACCACUUAGUUUUUAAUAAGUGGCUUAGUAUUAUAAUUGCAAGGAUGUCUGGCAAAUUGAAGUUGCAAGCCUUUGACUCACCCUUUCAGUCAGGACUUAUUUCAGACUGUUGGUGACAUUGACAUUUCAUGGAUUGGGAUGAUGCAGGGGACCCAUGCCAGCCCAGCAGUACCACACCUAGCACUUAAUGUUGAGUGGUAAUGCCAGCCAGCCAUCUCAGCAGAGGAGAACGACCUUCUCAACCUAAACUGCAGUCAGGGAAGCUGCAGCCCACUCCUUCCCAUGGAUUCCAAACAGCACCCAUCCCUCUGAUGGGGGAUCUCAGGCUGACUAAUGGACACUUUGUAUUCAGAGAUGGUUUCCAGGCAAGGAAGCUUCAUCUCAUGAUAUGGAAACAAUAAAUUCUCUGAGAUACAUGCAUCUAA